AUGAUUCAGAACCUGCAACGGCAGCUAGAGCAACAGCGAAAAGGUUUUGAGCAACAGCGCAAAGAUUUUGAGCAACAACGAAAAGACUCCGAACAACAACGCAAGGAUGCAAAGAAUAGGGAGAACAUGUUGGUGGCUCAGCUAGAACAGCAACGAAAAGACUCUGAGCAGCAACGAAAAGACUCUGAGCAACAACGAAAAGAGCUUAUGCAAUUGCUCAAACAGCAUAGUGACCAGAUCAAGCAGCAAAAUGAACAGCUCAAACACCAGAGUGAACAGAUCACAGAGCUUCUGCUGAAGCAGUGA